AGAAAACCAUAUUAAAAUUUAGUAAAUUGAAAUUUAUGUGAACAAUGUUUAUAUGUUUAAACGUUGAAAAACAACCAUAUUAUAUGUUACUAUACAAAUUGAAGGUUACGGUAGAAAAAGCGUCAAGAUAUUUUACAUUGUCUAAAAUAUAAUGCACUUUAAUAUAUCACUUGUGUAAUAAAGACAGCAAUAAAAAUGUAAUACAUAAAAAGUGAUACCAGUAUUCUAAAGUAUAAAAAAACACGUCGUCGACCCAUUAUAAAAACACUUUUAUGGUUAUGUUAUGAACAUAUUUCAAAAUAUUUUUUCGUUUUAAAAUAUGAGUUCACGACACGAAUUUAAUAAUAAAUCUAACUUCGAAUAUCAAUACGAUGAUAAACAAAAGAAAGAGACCUAUAAAAAAUAUGACAGAGAGUGUAAAAACUAUGAUUUCAGCAAAUACAAGCAUGAAUUGAACAAAAUAUUUUCAGGAAAUAUAAAUGUAGUACAAGAUAUUGAUGAUUUUUGGAAAUUCGUCAGUAAAUAUGAGGCUGUACAAAAGAAAUUAAAAACAUCUGAUACUUCACCUGAUUUUUCUUUAAAUACAAUUGGUGUACCAAAAGUAUAUCACAAAUUACACUGCAUAAAUUUUAAACUAAGUUUCAAUUUCAACGAUUUGUUUGCCCGUGUUCCACCUACUGAAGCUUUAACAAAAGAGCAAUUAUUAAAAUUUCAAAACAUAAUUGUUUUGUACUUGGACUUCAAACAGAAAGAAAAAUUUGCAAAAUUAAAAAAGCUUAGGGAAUCCCAAGUGAAUUUGCCAGUUAAUCAGUACAAACAUAAGAUCACCGAAGCAGUAAAAAAAGAACGGGUAGUCAUCAUAGCUGGUGAUACUGGUUGUGGAAAAUCUACUCAAGUGCCUCAAUAUUUAUAUAAAGCAGGCCUUCAAAAGAUUGCAUGUACGCAACCUAGAAGAAUAGCAUGUAUAUCUUUGGCCAAGCGUGUUGCUUUUGAGACACUGACAGAAAAUCAUAGUGAUGUUGGUUAUCAAAUUCGCUUUGAGAAACAAAGAAAUCAAGAAACUAGAAUUACCUUUAUAACGGAAGGUUUACUGUUGAGACAGUUAUCUGGUGAAUCUGAACUAUUGCCUUAUGAUGUGGUUGUUUUGGAUGAGGUACACGAACGUCAUUUACAUGGAGAUUUCCUUCUUGGCAUUAUGAAGUGUGUCAUUAAUCAAAGAAAUGAUUUAAAAUUAGUACUUAUGUCUGCUACUAUUAACAUUGAACUUUUUAGUAAUUACUUUGCAAAAGAAGAUGUUAAAGUAAUACAGGUUCCUGGAAGACUGUAUCCGAUUCAAUUAUUAUAUAGACCAGUUACUAUAGAAGAUAUUCGAUAUAAAAAUGAUAGAUUCAAUCCAAGUCCUUACAUUCAAAUAAUGCAAUUAAUCGAUAAAAAAUAUCCAGUGGAUGAAAAAGGCGAUUUACUAAUAUUUUUAAGUGGUAUGAGCGAAAUUACGGCAGUUGUAGAUGCGGCAAAAGAGUAUAGUCAGAAAAAAAAUAACUGGAUCGUUCUACCACUUCAUAGCACUUUAUCCAUUAGUGAGCAAGAUAAAGUAUUUGAUUAUGCUCCUGAUGGAGUGAGAAAGUGUAUUGUAUCUACUAAUAUUGCCGAAACUUCUAUUACUAUUGAUGGAAUCAGAUUUGUUGCUGAUAGUGGGAAAGUGAAGGAAAUGAGUUAUGAUCCAUCAUGCAAAAUGCAACGACUUAAAGAAUUUUGGAUUAGUAAAGCUAGUGCGGAGCAACGGAAAGGAAGAGCUGGUAGAACUGGACCUGGUGUGUGCUAUAGAUUGUACUCGGAAGAAGAAUACAAGGCUUUAGAAAAGUAUUCAAUGCCAGAAUUACAACGUGUGCCUUUAGAUUCUUUACUAUUACAAAUGAUAGCAAUGGGGUUACCAGAUACACGAAAAUUUCCAUUCAUAGAACCACCACCAGCAGAAAGUAUAGAAAACUCUAUAUUAUCUUUAAAAGAUCAUGGUGCGCUUACAAACAAUGAAAAAAUAACUUGCAUUGGAAAAACACUUGCACGUCUACCCGUCGAUAUAACAAUAGGGAAAAUGUUAAUAAUGGGCUCAAUUUUUCAUCAAGUAGAACCGGUAUUAUCAUUAGCUGCUGCUUUAAGCAUACAAACACCAUUUACAAAUAGAGCAUACAGAGAUUCGGAGUGUGAGACAUCCAGAAAGAAGUUGGAAUCUGACCAUGGUGAUCCAAUAACGUUACUAAACGCAUUUAAAGAAUGGUUAGAAAUAAAACAACAAAGUUCACAAGAAUCUAGAGGUAGCGGAAGUAGUAGUAGAAAAUGGUGCAAAAGAAGAGGUCUAGAAGAACAAAGAUUUUACGAAAUGAUAAAAUUGAGAACUCAAUUUAAGGAUUUACUUCAGGAUUGCAGUUUAUUAAGGUGUUUUCCAGAACCAGAUUCUUCUAUGACUAGUGCAGAACGUGCUAUUAGACAUGGAGAAUUAAAACUCCUAAAAUCUUUAAAAAGAACCUAUAAACAAAGUGGUCCCAGGAAACGAAAACAAUUAAAGCUAGAAUCGUUUGAUAUACAGUUAGAAGAUAACGAUCACGAUGAUGGCGAAAUUGACAUAAAAGAUAUUGAAUUUCGAAUGAGAAAUGAUCCAAAUCAAGUUCAAAGUCUAUUGACAGCAGCCACUGCAUGCAGUUAUAAAGACUUGACAAUGUUAAAAAUAAUAUUAUGCAGCGGUUUAUAUCCGCAAUUUGCGUGUGCUGAUGAAUUUAAUUAUUGUAAGUCGACAAGCGAGCAAUUAUUUCAUACAAAAGCGAAACCAUAUAUUGCUCUACAUCCAACGAGUUUCUUCGGAAAUCAUCCUCAAGUAUUACAACUAGAAGAAGCUGAUAUUGUAUCAAUACCAGGAUUCAAAAGUAAAACUCCCGUUAGUUCGAAACAUACUAUAUUAGCAUAUUUAUCUCUUUUGGAAACAACAAAACCUUAUUUAGUGAAUACGCUUAGAAUGCCUGCUGCGCAAACGUUACUUUUAUUCUCACGUGAAAUUGAUACAAAUAGUACAUUUUUAAUAAUAGUAUGCGAUUCGUGGUUAGCAUUAGAAUUUCCUGUACCCGACAGUGGUCAAACUUUAUUGAUGAAAGCUACCAAAUUACGAAAUAAAUGGGAUUUUUUAUUAAAUCAACAAUUACAAGAGUCCAAUGCCGGUCACGAUGAGAAACAAGAUUUUAAUGAAAUAGAACAAACACUUACUCGGGAUCUAAUUGAAUACAUGCACACCACAAUUCCAUACACAUUAAAACGACUUUUACCUGCUGAUCUUAAAAGCAUGUAUGUGGGAUCUGAAGAAAAUAAUACAUCCAUAAAUCCAAACCCUUUUCAACCUGAUUUUACGGUAACCCCUAAUUCAACUAAAGGAGGGGUUCGUGUAACAAACAUAAUUACAUAUAACUGUUUGAGAGAAACAGAAUGGAGCGAUAAACUUUCUAUAGAAAUGUCGGAAACGGAAUGGAAUUGUCAAAAUUGUAAUACACAAGCAAUUCUUACUAGUAUAGAAAAACUACAGCAUCAGGAAUCUUGUAAGCACCAACAUACAAAGGAAACUGAAAGAGUUCCUGAAAAUAUAAAACGUAAACCUAAUACACAACUAUAUGAAUGUUUUGAUUGUGCACAAACAUUAUACCUGACACCAAUUGAAAUACUUAAGCAUAAAAAAUCACAUGUUAAAUAAUC